AUGAGCGUCGAGCUUCAGAUCACCUUGAAGCACAGCAGGAAAAACCGCGACGUGUCCGCCAGGCAUCCUCUUUAUUCGCCGGCUCUAAGAGGUCAUGCUAACGUCAGUGCUGGUAUCCUGCUCUCGGAUCCUCCUUUCCAGUUUUUGGACGCAGUUACAGGCUGUUUUUCGUAUAUCUGAAAUUUAAAGCAAGUUCCUGCAGUUUUCUGCCCGCACUCAAGCAACAUGCAUGUUAUAUUUAGUAUCUCCAACAACUACAUUUCCCAGAAGUCAAAGCCACCCAGCGCAUAUUUCGGAAUACACAGUAUAGACUACAAGAACGCUAAAAAAACUCCAAAUAUAUAAUGAAAAAGUACGAUAAGUCGGUUUGAUUCCAGUCAAACGAGUUAGAAAUGUCAGUCUAAUAUAGAGUCAAAGCUAGCCGAGGUUGUCUACGGCGACUACGCUCGACUACCUAGAUGUAAACAAACACGGAUGAUAGGUGGCGCAGUUUUUCAGAAGACGGAGAUGGAGUUGUAUACGGCUGUUCCAGGCUACACUAGCAUAAUCAACGAGAAAAUUUUUAAUUAUGAUUUUUAAUUUAAUUUCGUCACUUUUUGUGCAAAAACGAAGUUCAAUUAUUAUGAACAUGUAAAAAAAAACACAAUUUACCAGCAACCAACUGAUUGAAAUUUCAUGUAAGUCAUAGAGGAUAGGAAAGGAAGUACAAUUAAACUGGAGCGAGUCCGAAAAAGUGACUCAACCUAUUACCAAGAGCUGUCGCUGUUGUUAGCGAAUAAAAUACGAUAUUUUACAGGAGAAAGAUGACAUUGAGUCACGGUACUUUUGAAGAGUUGAUCUGAGAAUAAAUAUCUUUCGUGUGUCUGAUUGUUAAAGUGGAAGUCUGGAGGUAGUUAGCCUAGCCUAGCCUAGCCUACGCUAGCGUAAAAUAGCUAGCCCGGGCCAAUUUAAAAAUGUGACAACAGUGGCAUGUGAGGUGUCGAUCUUCUCGCCUCACACUCAAAAAAGUUGAUUAAUUAAUCAUUUGAUGAGGAAACGCUUGAAUUAAAGGAAACUCCAAGAAAACCAAACUUCAAACUUCAUGGUGAUAGAAUAUGUUUAAAAAAGGAACAGCUUCAAUUUUGCUCAAUAUGACUGCUUUUUAAACAUCAAUACUGCUGUCUGUAUACCUUUAUUGUUAAAUAUCAGAUACUGUCUAUUCAUUCUGCCUUUGUACGGACUUGCUGCAGUUUGGAUAUAAGCUCAGUUACAUAUGUAUAAGCAUGUCAUAACUACAUCUAUUUGAGUAUUAGUGUCAGUGUACAUGAGGCUAUUUACUUCAGUUAUUUACAUACGAUUGAAAAACGUAAAUGCCUAAACGCAGCGUCAAUCUUGUCGUUAUUAGAGUAGUUCUUGAAGAUUAACUUGCUCUGAACAUUUUGCGUAUUUUUUUUAGUCCUGACAGUGAUCCUGUCCGAGCAAGAGCGGGAAAGAGGAUGCCGGCGGACACGCAGCUUUGCAAGGUUUGUAAUAACGAUGCUUGUCAGUACCACAGGCUCUUUCCAAUUAGUGCACAGUGAAAAGGGGGAGGGGCUUAGGACACACCUGUUCGCCCAGGUGCAAAAAAAAAAAAAAAAAAAAAUUGGAAUGAAAGACAACAAACAAAAACAUACAAAUGUACAAUCAGACAACCUGCCCACCCCGCAGAGUGGAGCAGAAUUCAAGCUCCGCACACCCAAACUAAAAACAAAAAAGUUCAACAAAAUAUUUCCAAAAAAGCACAACAUUACGUUUUUUUUUAAUAUCCUACAUCCAGCUUGA